UCGACAUGUCAGAAGAUGUCAACAUGCCCGUCUUCAGAAGAGAUCCCUGUGGCAUUACCUGUCUUUUUCUCACUUACACAGCGAUAUUUUACGCCGAUUAUGUCAUAGUCCACUGGGUUGUCAUACAGACGAUGUCAAACAGCUUAUGGGGUGCUCUACAUGUCCUUCUCUUCAACACCCUAGUGUUCAUGACGCUCAUGGCACAUGUCCGAGCUGUGUUCAGUGAUCCAGGGAUCGUCCCAUUGCCCCAAAGCAGGCUUGAUUUCUCCGACAUGCAUGCUGGUGGAGAAAAGAGUGAUGACUGGACAGUAUGUGCUCGAUGCGAGAUGUACAGACCUCCUCGUGCUCACCACUGCCGGAUUUGCCAGCGGUGCAUACGGCGCAUGGACCACCACUGCCCAUGGAUCAACAAUUGUGUAGGGGAAUGGAACCAGAAGUAUUUUCUGCAGUUUCUGACCUUUGUUGGCCUCAUGUCAAUCUAUGCACUGUCCCUCAUUGCAUAUUCAUGGAUCAAGGACUGCCCAGAAUGUUCAAAGGAAAUGAUGAUAAAGCAAGGGAGACUAUUACACUCUGUAAUAUUAAGUAUGGAGAGCAUUCUCUUUGGCCUCUUCGUCAUUGCCAUCAUGUGUGACCAGAUGCAAGCUAUCCUCAGCGAUGAAACAGCUGUUGAACAGGUAAAACGACAGGGACCAUAUCGGGCCAAGCGUCCAAAGAUGGCACUGCUCAAGGAAGUGUGCGGACGCAGCCAUCCAGUGUUGUGGGUAUUCCCAUGCACCAGUGCUCCCUUCAGUAGUGAACCUUCAUAUAGCCUGACUGUUUAAGUUAAACAUCAUCUUCAGAGUGAAUAAUCUGGAAAACAGUCCCAUUUUAUAUCAUCAUCAUCAAUUCUUCAAGUCACAAGUUCACUCUCUCCUGACAGCCAUUAGAUAUGUAGCAUAUGGUAGCACUGGUGAUGUCAGUCUGGGUAACCUGCACAGCCACUGAGCUCAAGGGUACAAUCAAUCAACACAGUGCCUGACACUUUAACUCUUUCCAUAACAUUAUGUUGGGCUCAUGAAGACCUCUUGGUGCCCAAAGUAGCAAUGGAUCUGGUUUGUGAUUUAAGAAUAAGUCUCAAUACAUUUCUAAGCUGAUUAGAGAUUUUAUUUACAGUUGAUUGUCUUGUUCUAUUUAUAAGGAUAUCCCCAAGGAGAUAUUCUUUGUAAUGUCACAGCUCCUUGGAUUUGAAGUAGUGAUAUAUAUUGGGAAAUAUCAGUGAUGUCAAAUACAUUACCUUAACAUUUUCAAUAUAUUCAUGUUAUUGAGGUAGUAAACUUUUUAAAGAAUCAAGAAGUAGGACAAAUUUAGCAUGAAAAAAUUAUCUUUGUUUCUUUUUUAAGAGAGAAAACAUAUCUAACAUGGUAAGAGGACUUAGGUGGACCAUUGUUGUGAAUGUAAAUAUGUAUACUACAGAAAAUAAACCUUUUCCUUACUUUUAUAGUCAAACAUCUAUGAAAGAGAUCUAAUCUGUUUGGAAUAAGAAUAUGCAAAUCUUUUAUAAAUGAUAUCUCUCCACAGUAAACACCCACUCAUUCAUACAUAGCUGUAUUUAUAUUUUGAUUCAUCAUUUUUGAAUACUCAUUUUUAUUCAGUAAUUCUUGCAGUGCAUUAAUACUUCAUUACAUGUUUUCUUAAAACAAAAAGUGGUAUGCAGAUAAGGAUAUGUAAAUCAUUUGAGAGUUCACAUAAACACCCACACAUUUUCAUACUUUUAUUGUAAGAAAUAUGCACAUUUAUAUAUGAUUUAUGUAAAUGCAGUUGUGAAGAGUUAUAUAUAUAUAUAUAUAUAUAUAUAUAUAUAUAUAUAUAUAUAUAUAUAUAUAUAUAUAUAUAUAUAUAUAUAUUAUAAUGUCCUUUUUUCCACUGUUCCUUUCUCUGCUUUUUCCAAACGGAUAUAAUUUACCUGAAAAUCAUUUUGGAUAUUAGAUGAUAGAUUUUUUAGUUCAAAUCUUGUCUGAAUUAAAUGGUGUUGUGGCGGAUGUUCAGGAAUCAGAUGUGUGAGUUGAUUAUUACCAUGUACUUUUCUCAUGAAUCAGUGAUCACCAUUAGUUUUUAAGCUGCCGUUUGUUUUUUGUAACUAUUGAUUUUGUUCAAAUUAUAUUUUUAUGUUCUGUUACAAAAAGUGCUAAACAGAGUAAAUAUUUAUUAUGUUGAUAAACAAUAACAUAUAGACUAAAUACUUAUUACAUAUAUCUGUCUACCUGACUGCCUGUCUGUCUAUGUGUGUCUGUUUGUGUGUGUGUGCUUGCUGGUAUGGGUGUAUAGGGUUUUGUGAAUUGUGUGUGUGUGUGUGUGUGUGUGUGUGUGUGUGUGUGUGUGUGUGUGUGUGUGUGUGUGUGUGUGUGUGUGUGUGUGUGUGUGUGUGUGUGUGUGUGUGUGUGUGUGUGUGUGUGUGUGUGUGUGUGUGUGUGUGUGUGUGUGUGUGUCCGUGCAUGCGUGCAUGCGUGCGUGUAAUAUAUAUGUGUAGUUAUAUCCAUCGAUGCAUAUGAGUGUGUUACUAUAUUUAUGUGAGCAUGGCUUUCUGAGACUGUGUGUAUGUGUGAGUGAGUAAAUGUGUAUGUGGAUAGUAGAUGUAUAUGGAUGUACAUGUGUUGGCAUGUUUGUAUUCAUUGAUCUGUAAGGGUUGCACUUUUGUGUGUAUAUGUGUAGUAUAUGUUAGGAUAGGAGGCACAUGGGCACAGGGUGAUUGCAUAUGUUUGUGUGUGUGCUACAUGUUUUGCAUAUAUGUAUGUGCCAGCAUUUAUGCACCAUGUAGUACAUUAUUAACAUGAGCAUUAUUUGCAUGUAAUAGUAGACCCCACUCAGUGUGUUGUGAUACUUUUUCAAAUGUUAAUGCUUCACUUUGUUCUUAAUUGAAUCUUGACAGUUCAAUUUGCUGCUGUGCAUAAGUAACAACUUUCAGAAUAGCAUAAAUCUUGUUACUGUCGGGCAUGUUGAAUUUGACAUUUCACAAGCAAAUACAGAAGCACAGACAGCAAACUGCAUUGUAAUUCUACCAAAUAUGCUCUAUGAUUGUGAUGUAAUGAAAUAAGGCGCAUGCAAAUGUGAAAGUAUAGCAGGUGAAUAAAAUCAUAAACAGUGAAAAUCAAUUAAUUUCACUUUUUAAUGCAAUUUAAAAAAUAUAUCUAUAGGUCUGAAUGGAUGGCAAAUGUUAUCUAAUAAUAAAUGGUUACCUUUACAGAUCAGCAGAUUAAUAAAUAUUUAAUUGUUCUUUU